UGAUGACGUAGCCUAACAGGAGAGAGAGAGGCGCGCUGACGUCUUCUCCCUUUGCUGCACUCUGCCAAACCUCUGCCGCUCAGUCGUAAAGCUGCUGGUGUCCGCCUGCUGGUGUACCGCCGUCAAUAAUCCGCCGAGGGCAGUCCGGGUCUGGUUCUUCUCUCUCCGCCUGUGUAAGGGGGGGGGAGCUUCCCUAUAGCCCGAUCCCGCAUGGAACGGCACUGCUGGAGUAGACAUGCAGAGGCGCGCUUCCAUCCCGCAACAAGAAGCAUGUCCAUGUUGCACCGCAAGCAGACCCAGUCCACCUUCCUUCACCUCAUACGACUUUGAUAUGAGUGACAUUGUCUGGGAUACCGACGAGGAGUAAAAAAAACAAACAAACAAACAAAAUCUAGUAAGCGGGCCGGGUUCUGCUGUGCAGACAUUUGUGUACCGUCAACCUCUGCAUACAGGAUCUUUUUUUUUUGUUUUUUUUUUUUGAUGGAGCUGGAGAAUAUAGUGGCCAACACUGUACUGCUUAAAGCCAGAGAGGGUGGAGGAGGCAAGCGGAAAGGGAGGAGCAAAAAAUGGAAGGAGAUCCUUCGCUUCCCCCACAUAAGUCAGUGCACUGAGCUGGGCAACAGCAUAGUAGACAAAGACUAUGUCAGCAUAUGUGAGAAGCAACCUAUCGGAAGGCAGCUCUUCCGUCUUUACUGUGAGACAAGGCCGAAACUGCAACGCUGCAUCCAGCUCCUGGACGCAAUGGAGGAUUACGAGGUGACGCCUGAUGAAAAAAGAAAAAGCAGAGGGGACCAGAUUAUCAAGACCUUCCUUUCUAAACAAUCACCUCAACGUGUCGACAUAGUGGAGGUCUUUGCUGAUCAGUGCCGAGAGAACCUGGAGCUCAGUCCAUGUAAGGAAAUCUUCAGCAGCUGUCACAAGGCCGUCCACGACUAUCUGAGCGCUGCGCCAUUCGCAGACUUUGAGAACAGCAUGCACUUUGACCGUUUCCUGCAGUGGAAAAUGCUGGAGAGGCAACCAAUCACUAAAGACACUUUCCGACAGUACAGAGUGCUCGGGAAGGGAGGAUUCGGAGAGGUGUGCGCCUGCCAAGUUCGAGCAACAGGGAAAAUGUACGCCUGUAAAAAGUUGGAGAAGAAGAGGAUCAAGAAGAGGAAAGGAGAGUCAAUGGCGCUCAAUGAAAAGCAGAUCUUAGAGAAAGUUAACAGUAGAUUUGUUGUGAGCUUAGCGUACGCGUACGAGACCAAAGACGCUCUGUGUCUGGUGCUGACUAUCAUGAAUGGAGGAGACCUUAAGUUCCACAUCUACAACAUGGGCACGCCGGGUUUUGAGAAAGACCGGGUCCAGUUUUAUGCCGCUCAGAUCUGCUGUGGUCUCAAGCAUCUCCACCGGGAAUCUAUUGUCUACAGAGAUUUGAAGCCAGAGAACAUCUUACUGGAUGACAAUGGACACAUCCGUAUUUCUGACCUGGGCCUUGCCAUUAAAGUGCCUGAAGGGGAGCUCAUCAGAGGAAGGGUUGGGACAGUGGGCUACAUGGCUCCAGAGGUGAUCAACAAUGAAAAAUAUGGAAUGAGUCCCGAUUGGUGGGGGCUGGGCUGCCUCAUAUACGAGAUGACAGCCGGGCGAUCGCCCUUCCGGGCCCGAAAAGAGCGUGUGAAGCGUGAGGAGGUGGAGAGGAGGGUGCAGGAGGAAGAGGAGGAGUACAACGACAAGUUUACCGAGGACACCAAGGACAUCUGUAGAAGGCUGCUCACCAAAGACCCAAAGCAGAGGCUGGGCUGCCAGGGGGACAGAGCACCAGGUGUCGAGGCCCACCCCUUCUUCAAAAACAUCAACUUCAAAAGGCUGGAGGCUGGAAUAGUGGAGCCUCCGUUUGUGCCUGAUCCUCGGGCAGUGUACUGUAAGGACGUGCUGGACAUUGAGCAGUUCUCUACAGUCAAGGGAGUGAAUUUGGACCAAACUGACAAUGACUUCUACUCCAAAUUUGCUACAGGCAGUGUUUCUAUCCCAUGGCAGAAUGAGAUGAUAGAAACCGAGUGCUUCAGAGAUUUAAAUGUGUUCGGGCCUCAAGGGGCAAGACCUCCAGACCUUGACUGGAGUCAACCUCCGGAGCCACCUAGACGCAGCCUGCUCGACAGGAUCUUCAGGAGGCACCACCCAGACGUGUCUAUUUCCCACAGCCGUGUGCAGUCUUCCAGCGUCAACUCUGUGGACUCCAUGUCCAACUCUGCCCCCUAGUGGUGCAGUGACAGCGUGGGAGCCAUACACAUAAAAGGGAAGGAGCUCAGAGGGCUUCCCUUGCUGCUGAUUGGUUCACAGCUGGGGCCUGAGACAGCCUGUCUGAAAGGGUCGGUCCAUAAGGGGAGAAUGACUGGGCCCAGAGACCCGGGCCAUUUUUUUUUUUUUUAGCGAGAUGUCCGUAGACAUCUGGAAAUAUUCGGACGAACCCUCUCAUCCUCAGGAUUGUCGGACUUACGGAAUGGAGCGAGUUGUGUUGAUAGAAAACAAGCUAAUAUUCAGGGGAUCGUCUGUAUAAUAAAGACCCACCACACAGAAUAGAGAAGUGGGUCUCAGUGAUGCUUCUGUUUCUUUUCUCCAAAAAAAGAGUCCUUUAAUUUCUGACCUAUACCUUGUACCAAUAUCUAUCUAUCUAUCAUCUGUAUAUCACUUCUCUGUGUCUUACCUCAAAUCACUCCUAAACAUUCAGAACAGCCUGCCUCAUCCGUGACCUCAGCCCAUAAUGGACAUCGCCUCACGUACACUCAGGCCAAAGAUUACAGUUCAUUUUUGUGAUACUGUCGUCAUGUUUUUUGUUUUUUUCCUGCGGUCUGAAGUGGUCAUUUAGAACCACCUGGGAUCAUCAGUAUGCGCUCCGAUGAAUACACACAUAUAAUAAGCCUGCAGGCGUUAUCGUAUAGCUCACAUCUGUUCAGACAGAAUAGUGACGAUGGUGUUGUGUUGUCAUUGCAUGGACAAAGUGUAAGUAUGGACAGCUGUGUAUCCCUUUCUGCUUCUGCAUACCUCAUUCCACGGAUCCUAUUGUGCACCGUGCAACACGGACGACUCCCUCGGUUUACAGUGUCACUUCAUAUUUGGAACAAUUCAACAAAUAAAGAAUAUGCUUUACAGCGGGGCUAUUCAACUGGCGGCCCGGCUUCAGUUCAAAACUUGGGAGACAAACAUUUUUGCAGCAAAUUCAUACAAACAGUAGAGUGUUCCUGUUGUACAGAGGAUCUUGGACCUUUGUAAACACAUUGGCAGAUCCUUGCAUUGACGUUUUAACCUGGCUGGCAAACGGGGUCCAAACUUGUGAGUUACAUAGCUGAGGCAUUCCUCAAGAACCCCUUCAAGUCUCUCCUCGUGGCUGUAUUGUGAUUAACGUAACUAAGGUGUUGCUGUAGCGUGUUUACUUUAGAACAGGGGUGUCAAACUCAUUUUAGAUCAGGGGCCACAUGGAGAACAAUCUACUCCCAAGUGGGACGGACUGGUAAAAUCACGAUAGCUUAAAAAUAAGGACAACUUCAGAUUGUUUUCUUUGUUUAAAAAUAGAACAAGCACAUUGUGAAAAUGUACAAAUCAUAAUGUUGUUGGGGGGUUUUUUACACUUACAUGAUGCGGUUAAUAGUAUUCUACCUUUAUUUGUCGUUAUUUAUAUUUUCUGAAUAAAUGAUGUGAUUUAUUUAUGUAGUUUGAUCAUUUUCCUCGACUGAUGUACUAACAUCAUGUGGUUUAUUUUGUACAUAUGCAGCAUCAUCUACAAAGAUACAACAAAUUGCUAUUGCGACAUCUAGUGGACUCUUAGAAUAGCUGUUUAUUUCAUUCAUAAAUUUCAGGUUCAUUUUUAUAAUUAGCAACUCAUCCCACCCUCGGACCGUACGUACGUUUGACACCCCUGCUUUAGAUGCAGUCAGUAGUCAUUAGGGGUGUGGGAAAAAAUCGAUUCAAAUUCGAAUCGCGAUUCUCACGUUGUGCGAUUCAGAAUCGAUUCUCAUUUUAAAAAAAUCGAUUUAUUUAUUUAUUUUUUUCCUUUUUUUUUUUAAUUAAUUAAUCCAACAAAACAAUACACAGCAAUACCAUAACAAUCCAAUUCUAAAACCAAACCCGACCCAGCAACACUCAGAACUGCAAUAAACAGAGCAAUUGAGAAGAGACACAAACACGACACAGAACAAACCAAAAGUAGUGAAACAAAAAUGAAUAUUAUCAACAACAGUAUCAAUAUUAGUUACAAUUUCAACAUAGCAGUGAUUAAAAAUCCCUCAUUGACAUUAUCAUUAGACAUUUAUAAAAAAAGAACAAUAGUGUCACAGUGGCUUACACUUGCAUCGCAUCUCAUAAGCUUGACAACACACUGUGUCUAAUAUUUUCACAAAUAUAAAAUAAGUCAUAUUUUUGGUUCAUUUAAUAGUUAAAACAAAUUUACAUUAUUGCAAUCAGUUGACAAAACAUUGUCCAUAACAAUUAUAAACGUUUUUUACAAAAAUCUACUACUCUGCUUGCAUGUCAGCAGACUGGGGCAGAUCCUGUUGAAAUCCUAUGUAUUGAAUGAAUAGAGAAUUGUUUUGAAUCGGGAAAAUAUCGUUUUUGAAUCGAGAAUCGCGUUGAAUCGGAGAAAAAAAAAAGAUUUUGAAUCGAAACGUGACCCCAAGAAUCGAUAUUGAAUCGAAUCCUGGGACACCCAAAGAUUCGCAGCCCUAGUAGUCAUGUAUACUAGUGGUGUUCCUCAAGGUUCCAUGUUAGGCCCUCUCUUUUUCAUCAGUUGGGCUUUUCAACUGAUGGCUUGCGAGUUCACUUCAAAAAAAACUUGAGAGGCUCACAUUUUUACAGCAGAUUCUUAAAACCACGAGAGUGCUAUCAUAGAGAUUAUAUUUGAGUCGAUUUUUUUGCGGAAGGUCCUUAAAAUGAACUUAAUUUACUGACAAAAUAAAUAGACCAAAAUCAAAUGUAUGCUGUAGAGCAGGGGUGUCAAACGUACGAGCCGGCCCGCGGGAUGAGUUUGCUAAGUAAAAAAAUUAGCCGAAAUUUUUGAAUGAAAGAAACCGCUGUUCUAAAUGUGUCCACCAGAUGUCACAAUAGCAAUUUUUUGUAUCUUUGUAGAUAAUAAUAACAAUAAUAAUAUAUUUUAUUUGUAAAAAAAGCACUUUACAUUGAGCAAACAACCUCAAAGUGCUACAGUAUAUUAAAAAUAAUAAUAAUAAUAAUAAAAAGAUAAAUACAAAUAAAAACUAGAACAGCCUAAUAGCUAGAACUAGUAUACAUACAUCUAUAAAAAUGUUUUUUUAAAAGAAGGGUUUUUAAGCCUUUUUUAAAAGCAUCCACAGUCUGUGGUGCCCUCAGGUGGUCAGGGAGAGCGUUCCACAGACUGGGAGCGGCAGAGCAGAAAGCCCGGUCUCCCAUAGUUCGUAGCUUUGUCCUCUGAGGUUGGAGGAGGUUAGCCUGUCCGGAGCGGAGGUGUCGUGUGGAGGAUUUGGGGGUGAGUAGUUCUUUGAGGUAGAGGGGGGCAUUUCCAUGGAGGCACUGGUGGGUUAGUAGGGAGACUUCGUAUUCAAUCCUGAGUGGAACAGGAAGCCAGUGAAGGGAUUUGAGAAUUGGUGUGAUAUGGUCGUAUUUCCGCACUCUCUUCAGGAUCCUAGUAGCACUAUUCUGUAUGUAUUGCAGCUUCUGGGUGUUCUUGCUGGGGAUCCCGACAAGAAGUGUGUUGCAGUAGUCUAGCCUGAUGAUGCUACAUAUGUAAAGACAAAAAAAACACAUGAUGUUAGUGCACCAGUUGAGGAAAAUGAGCAAACUACAUAAAUAACAUCCUGUAAUUUGAUUUUGUUAUAAUUUUUUUUAUCUUGAUAGAUUGAAAAUUAACACCAAUGAGUUGACUGAUGAACAUUAUCACACAAUUUAUUCAGAAAAUAGAAAUGACGACAAAUAAAGAUAGAAUACUAUUAACCGCAACAUGUAAGUGUA